AUGAGUGUUGACAAGAGAGCUUUCCAUGCGUCCGCUCCUGUACCUCCUCCAGUCUACCACACCGAUCCUUACUUUGAAAUGACAGAUCAAUCUCCACCACCUCCCGCCUACCGUGCUCAUCAUCUGAGCCAAUAUGCCAUCCACCCAUCUCAACAACCUGAUGUCUACUACUAUCAACCUACACCUCCACCUCAAUCUGUCUUGGUUCAUUCUCGCCCAAAGAAAGGCAAUGACGCAUGUUGCCUAGGCUGCUUAGCUGCACUCUUAUUGUGCUUUGGUAUCCAAGAAUGCUGUUAAUAUACUUUACAUAAUAUUUUUGGCUUGUUGUUGUUUGUUGUAGUAUUUAAACGUUGAUCACCAAAUGGAAUUAUAAUAUUUUCUCUGUUUUUAUAUAUUUAUUUAUAUUUAUAUAUAAUAUAUUAUUGCUAUUGCUAUUGCUAUUACUAUUACUACCAAUAUCAUCAUCAUCAUACUAUCUACAAAACUGUCAAUAUAUACAUUAUGCUAUACUAU